AUGAAUACAUUUUUUGAUGGUUAUGUUCAUUCUAGGACAAACUUGAAGGAGUUUGUAGACCAAUUUGAUAACGCGUUGAAAAAAAAGAUUGAGAAUGAAAAUCUUGUGGACUUCCAGUCAUUUAAUGUCACAUUCCCCUGCAUAUCUAGAUCUCCGAUUGAAAAGAAGUUUCAAGAGUUGUACACGAAUGCUAAAUUUAAGGAAGUUCAGCAGCAAGUCAACGGCAUCAUUGACUUGAAUCCGAAGUUACAUAAAAGUGAUGGUGUAGUAAAAACAUAUAUGGUAGAAGAUGAAGUUUGUUUGGAAGAGUUCACUAAGCUGGUUACCCAUUUUGUGGACUUUAGUGAGGAAGAUGCAGUUGCAAAGUGCUCUUGUGGAUUAUUUGAGAUGAGGAGGAUAUUGUGUCGGCAUAUUUUGGCCGUAUUCAGGUGUAACGAUAUUAAAUUUUUGCCAGAAAUGUACAUUUUAGAUCGAUGGAGGAAGGAUAUUAAAAAGCGAUACACAUUAAUCCACAGCAGUUACCAUGGAGGGGAACAACGGGCAGAUUCUAAUAGAUAUUCAAGUCUUUUAAAUAUAUGUUAUCAGAUGAUUACUCAUGCAGCCGGUUCGAGAGAGCACACUGAGGAUGUGAGAACUAAGUUAUAUGCAAUGAUUGAUUUGUAUCGUGCCAAACAAGAACCUCCAUCGAUGACUCAAAUUGGUUCCAAUGUUAAUAGUACGACAAAGGACACUACGGUCGGUGGUUCUGGGGAAGUACGCAGUCCACGUGUUGUGCGAGGCAAAGGCAGACCUCCAUCUCUCAGGAGAGCAUCCAGGAUGGAGAUAGACAUGCGGAAAGCUAAAGCAAAGACGAAGAAACCACCAGCAAAGUGGAAGCGUAAAGAGGAUGGAGGAGAUACCCAAGUCGUGGAUAGAGGAGAUACACUUGUCGUGGAACAGGCUGUUCCAGAAAGAGAAAGCGUGGCUAUAGACAUUAUUGGAACCCAACCCCGAGAAAUAGUGAUGCAGAGUCAAGAAAGCGGUCUUUUGUUUACUGAAUGGUACACAUAA